CUCUGGAAAUCGCGAAAUCCGAUGGAAUACUCUCGACGGCGCCGAGCAACGCGAGAAAUAAUUAGUUUUGCAACUGUGACGCACGCGUGUUCUGCUCGCGGCUUACGCACACGUGUGUGCACGCAUGGCACGCACGCAUCUGCGAGACGUAUGGCAGGAGAGUGGUUAUCACGGGUCUGUGAUUGGUAUUGCCCUAUGACCUCCGCCGAGGGACGGCUCCGCCUCUCACUUACGCACCGACACGCACGCAUUAAAAGCGGACCUCCUUUGCGUAUGUAAGCGGGCGAACGGGCGGCUGUUCAUCGCAUCGUGCCAACAUCAUGAUGGCGUCCGCGUUUUCCACGAGCAAAGAUACCAAUUGCAGCUCGAGGGGAGGGGAAGAGCGUAUCAACUCGUUCGUUAUUUUAUAGCGGCAUGCUGUAAGCCGCGAUCGCGACGAUUCGUGCCACCAAAGUGACAGAGAAUUCUGUCUUGCGUUGAAAAACAAUUAAUUUUUCAUUUAUUAAAAAAUCAGUUUGCAAAUUCUUUUCAACUGAAAUAUAAAAACAAUAUUAGUUCAUUGAUCAAAGUCUUGAGAUAACAAGAUUGUCUCCAUAUUUUCUAGGCAUCCGAAAUAACGUAAAAUUAAAUCGACUCGCUGUUAUCACAAUUACAUUAUCGACAUUGUUCAAUAAUUAAAGACAUCGUGUUUCAUAAUGCAAGCGUCGAUGGCGAGUACGACGUGAAUUAUUAGCGUUCCGGCAUUUAUUGGUGUUGGUUCUCUUCCAUCGACCUCGUUAAUUAAGCCGGGCUAAAAGUCUCGGUGGACUCUAAACGAGCUAUGACAAUCGCUCGAUUUGGCAUUCUGAUUCUCGCAUGAUUCACCGUACGCUUAUAGCCGAGGGCUUUAAUUGAGAACUCGGGAGAUGAAAAUUAUGCUCUUUGUGUAUUAGUUCUUUACUUAAGCGACAGUUUGUGUGUGCUCCAGUAAUUCUCAGAACCAAUGAUAUAAGCAAGUUUAAGCAAAUAUGUCAUUAAGAAUACUCACUGAUUCUAAACUGCGGUUUAAUAUUUCGGAUAUAUGAAAGUUCGAGAAUUUCAAAGUUCUAAACAAGGAAACUGAGAUAUUUUUUUAACAAUACAACAAUCUUGAUAAUAAGUAAUCUAAAAAAUUAAAACUUUAAAAUUCAGAAAAAAAUUUGUGUGAAAAGAAUCAAGGAUCUAGAGAUUGAAUGAGCAUCGAUAAAUUUAAGGGUUUGCAAGAAUUAGAAAUUCCACGACACGAUUUGCGGAAAAUUUCUUGUUGCAGCUUAAUACAGCGCCUAAUACAGUGUCUGGCGAAACGCAGUAGAGCAUUUAUCAUAUUAAAAUGCUCCGUCGGGAAGCUGCGCGGAAUUUCGUGAAAAAUGACUGGCGAACGCGAAAGAUUUGGAUAUGACUCGCUCGUAGUUAAAGGGUUAAUCGAGGUCGACGCGAUCGAUUCCUACUCGCGCAAUUUAUUUCUCAGGAGUUACGCAACGGCAUCCUCGAGCAUUCUCCUCGCUGCCGAUGCUUUUCGUUCACGAUUGAUGGAGAAUCGAACACGUGCUACGCCCUCCAUCAUACGUCCUUAGAAGGGAUUAUCGUUCUUGCGCAACAUCGCGGAUAUUAAUUUACUGCAUCGACUAUAAUUUGCGAUCGCUCCGUUACCGCGAUGAUUACUUCGCGAACCUGCGAGGAGCUUUAAAAUCGCUUUGCGUCAUUACGAUAUCAAGGAUCCUUCGAUUUGCGUUACUUGGAAUACGCUAUUUCUUAUCUUUGCCCGCGAUUUAGGCUGCGCUUUAAUGAUGGUAGAUUACGAAAUCAUACGGCUUAUCGUAAUAUGUAUCUAUUUGGAGCAAUAACAUCCGGAGCUCGAAUAAGACUGAAUAUACGAGAUGAUAAAACGGUAGAAUGUGCACAGUAACUCGAGAUUUUGUAUAAAAAUUGAUAGGAUAUUCAUCGUAAUAUAUAAACUUUGUGUAAAAUUGGAAUAACAUUUUGAAAUAAAUGUGAUAUGCUUUAAUUUAAAAAAAUUUAAGACAAAGUUUAGUGGUAUAAUAACUGAUUAAUUUAUAUUAACUGAUUAACUUAUUAAUUUCCUCAUCCUUUUGAAUCGAAAAUAUUAUAGAAUCGAAAAGUAAUAUUAGAUCAUUAAAGGCUUAUCAAAUAUUUGCUACGCGAAGAAUGUCAACAAGAUACAGAUGUUAUAACGACGUAUUUUUUUUUAUGGAAAAUAUAUGCGGAAGAAAGAACGAAAUUUUCGACAAACGCAAACGACAAGCGAGAUGCGGUAAUGAAAGGAACAUCGAAGAAAAAUAUUGUUACGUAUACUAUAGAUUGGAGCGAGUAAGAGCAUGUGUGGUGUGCAACGCAAACAAAAACCUAAAGAUUAUUGUCCCAGUGAUGCGAUAUUGUUUAUACGGGCUCAUGGAUCCUGAGCCGAAACAAUCGAAUCCUGCUUACGUCACGCGUCCGUGAGCGUUCUAUUCAGUUCCUCGCGUUUUGUUGCUCGAAACGGACACAAUGUCUGUAUCAUUUGUUGGUAUAACCAAAAAGAAUAUAUGGCAAUAUUAUGAAAACUUGUCGAAUUUUAAAGUGAAGUGCAGAUUUUGCAUAAAAGAAUAUUAUUGUGUGGCUAUUACAAACUUUUCGAGGCAUGUUAGAACGAUGCAUCGAGAUGUUGUUGACCACAAAGAUGAAGAACUAUACAUAUUGCCGUCGAAAUUUUUCAAGUAUUCCAACAAAGGAUCCGCUGUUGUCAUGCAAUGCAUCAUAUGCAAUUUAACUUUCAAGCCCGAUUCUGAAUUAUUAACAAAACAUUUACGCAAACAUUCUAUGAAACAACUGGAAGAUCAUAGUUUUCCUAGUUGGUCAUGGAAAUAUUGUAUCAAAAGUGAGGAUUAUCAAGUAAAGUGUUAUAUUUGUAACAAGAAUAUAAAUCUCAAUAUUUCACGACAGUUGAAUCAACAUUUAAUAAAUGCCCAUAUAGACGUUAUUUUGGAAAAUAAGCAAAAAACAUACAACACAUCUCAGUCGUCAGGUUGCGUCUUGGCGCUUGAAUCGAAUACAAUGCCUACAUCAUCAAAUAUUGCAAAGCAGCAUUCACUUAAAACGGAAUUAAUUGUCGGUGGCGGAGAAAGUAACAGUUGGUUGACGCAAUAUUACAUCAAACUGUCGAAUUUUAGAGUGCAAUGUAAAGCUUGUCCAUAUAAUUCUUAUUACAUCGAUGUUUUAUUGUUUAAGAAUCAUAUAGAUACUGAGCAUGCCUCAAUUGCUCUAUUUGAAAGAAGUGAAUUAGGUGAAACAAGUUUGGGAUGGCAAUAUUUGCAGAUAUUAAACAUAUACUUUGCAAAAUGUGUUAUAUGUGGUGUAAUUUUUGCGAUUCAUGAAAAUAAUAUGAAUGAUCAUAUGUCCAAGCAUUCCAAACAAGAAAGGCAGGAGUGGCAAGCUGUUCUUUGGCCAAUAAAAUAUUUUACAAAAAUUUAUGAUUUGGUUGCAAAAUGUAAAAUUUGUGAAAAAAUCAUAAAACUUUCUAUUUCACAUGAUGUGAUAUAUCAUAUAAUUAAUAGACAUUUAGAGUCUUUGAAGAGAAUGCUAGAAACAGACAGUACAACUGAGCAAUCAGGAAAUCAACAAACCUGGAAAAAAGCGUUAAUAAACAUUCAUCAAAAACAAGCUUUAUCACUUGAAGCACAGACAAUAUCUUCUUCGAAGAGAAUAUAUGAAACAGACAGUACAACUGAGCAAUCAGGAAGCCAGCAAUCCUGGAAAAAAGCGUUAAUAAACAUUCAUCAAAAACAAGCUUUAUCACUUAAAGCACAGACAAUAUCUUCUUCGAAGAGAAUACAUGAAACAGACAGUACAACUGAGCAAUCAGGAAGCCAGCAAUCCUGGAAAAAAAAGUUAAUAAACAUUCAUCAAAAACAAGCUUUACCACUUGAAACACAGACAAUAUCUUCUUCAAAGAGAAUACAUAAAACUGAUAGUACAACUGAGCAAUCAGGAAGCCAACAAACCUGGAAGAAACCUUUAAUAAGCGUUAAUAACAAGUGA